GUCUGUAAGAAACAGCCGGAGCUGUGGCAGCGGCGAGAGGAAGCAGCGGAGGCGCGUGGACCCGGAAAGUCCGGGCGCUCGUGGUUACUCGCAACGCGGCCCCAGCCGGCCGGUCGUCAGCACCAUGGACAGCAGCACCGUCCCCAAGGACGCCAGCAAUUGCUCUGAUCCCUUGACGCACGCUUCAAGUUGCUCCCCGGGACCUAGCCCCAGUUCCUGGGUCAACUUCUCCCACUUCGAAGGCAACCUGUCCGACCCAUGCGGUCCGAACCGCACCGAGCUGGGCGGGAGCGACGGCCUGUGCCCUUCGACCGGCAGUCCUUCCAUGAUCACGGCCAUCGCCAUCAUGGCCCUCUACUCCAUCGUGUGCGUGGUGGGUCUCCUCGGAAACUUCCUGGUCAUGUAUGUGAUCGUCAGAUACACCAAAAUGAAGACUGCCACCAACAUCUAUAUUUUCAACCUUGCUCUGGCAGAUGCCCUAGCAACCAGUACCCUGCCCUUCCAGAGUGUCAAUUACCUAAUGGGAACAUGGCCGUUCGGAACCAUCCUCUGCAAGAUUGUGAUCUCCAUAGAUUACUAUAAUAUGUUCACCAGCAUAUUCACCCUCUGCACCAUGAGCAUUGAUCGCUACAUCGCAGUCUGCCAUCCCGUCAAGGCCCUGGAUUUCCGCACUCCCCGCAAUGCCAAGAUCGUCAACAUCUGCAACUGGAUCCUCUCUUCAGCCAUUGGUCUGCCUGUGAUGUUCAUGGCGACAACAAAGUACCGGCAAGGUUCCAUAGAUUGUACACUCACAUUUUCUCACCCAGCCUGGUACUGGGAAAACCUGCUGAAAAUCUGUGUUUUCAUCUUCGCCUUCAUCAUCCCUGUCCUCAUCAUUACGGUGUGUUAUGGACUGAUGAUCUUACGCCUCAAGAGCGUCCGCAUGCUCUCUGGCUCCAAAGAAAAGGAUCGGAACCUGCGAAGAAUCACCCGGAUGGUGCUGGUGGUGGUGGCCGUGUUCAUCGUCUGCUGGACCCCCAUUCACAUUUACGUCAUCAUCAAAGCCUUGAUCACCAUCCCAGAGACUACUUUCCAGACUGUUUCCUGGCACUUCUGCAUUGCUCUAGGUUACACAAACAGCUGCCUGAACCCAGUCCUUUAUGCAUUUCUGGAUGAAAACUUCAAACGAUGCUUCAGAGAGUUCUGUAUCCCAGCUUCCUCCACCCCCGAGCAGCAAAACUCCACUCGAAUUCGUCAGAACACCAGAGACCUCCCCUCCACGGCCAAUACAGUGGAUAGGACUAACCAUCAGGUAUGCAGCUUCUAG